UUUGAGCUUCUGAUUUGCGGUCACGCUGAAUGUCAGUCUAUCGCUCGGCCACCACGAUAUCGCCCAUCUAUUAUUAUUAUUAUUAAUUAAAACAACGCAGCGCGUGGAGGUGGAGGAAAAAUUGUGAAAAGUGCAAAAUCGCAGCGCGUAAAGCAAGUUGGCGACAUCGAUCGUGUAUAUUAUUAAUUAAAAUUCCGUCAAGCCAAGCCAAGCAAAGCGGUGCGGUGUGUGAGUGCGGGCUAAAUAAAAUCAAAAUACAAAAAUACGAAUAAAAAAUAUUUGUAUUCAAUUAUUCAAAUUCAUUCAUCGAGCGACUUGCAGUGUCCGCCCAAAAUAUUAAUUUGCUAUAUUGCAAACAUGAUCAUGAUGACGUUGAUAAGUGCCACAAAUUGUGAUAAAAUACAAAACUGAUGGAAAAUCCAUAUGUUUAUGUGAUACGUGAAAUACAAAAGAGAAGAAAAACAAAAUAAAUAAGUAUGAAGAUUUAUAACAAACACAAAACAGAGACUUUUGCUGCUUCUGCUGCAUUCAAGUGUCUGUGAAUAAAUUGUUGUAUUUAAUUUGUGCAGCAAACAAAUGUUUUUUUUUUUCCGUUCGUUCGUGUGUGCUAUUCUAAUGCAAAUGAAGUGCCUUAGUGAAGAAUUUAGCGAGUGUUAAACAAAAAAAAAAAACAAAGCAAACACAAUUAUCUUAAUUGAUAACAAAAACAACAUCAAAAGCAAUAAUAAUAACAAGCAUUCUUUUGGCUUAAAUCAAGACAAGUAAAUAGUUCACAAUAACAACAACAACAACGAUAAAAAUUCAACAAAGUGAAGAAGCAACAGCAAAUAUUUCAAUCACACACACACACACACAAAGCUAAAUAAAAAAAAAAUAUAUUAAGAUCAAGUAUUUAUUUAAAUACAAUCACUGCUGUUGCUUUUUAAGAGUGAGUGUUGUGUUGUGUUGUGCUCUGGUGUGCGUGUGUGUGCCAGACUGCGUGUGUGUGUGUGCUGUGUGUGUGUGAGUGUCCGUGUUAGUGAGUGUGUGUGUGCGAGCGUGGAGCAUUUUGUGAUAUGAGUGCUAAAUAUCACAACGAGAAGAAGCAGCAGCAUAAUAAUGCAUCCAGCGGGCGAAAAAAGGGGCGGUCGCCCCAAUGAUAAAUACACAGCGGAAGCGCUCGAGAGCAUUAAACAGGAUCUAACCCGAUUCGAAGUACAAAAUAAUCAUAGAAAUAAUCAGAAUUAUACACCUCUGCGAUAUACCGCCGCGAAUGGUCGUAACGAUGGAACCGAUUACCACCAUGCAAAGCUGGCACUGGAGCCGCUGGCGUCGGCGUCACCCUCGUCACCGGGCGAUGUCAUCGUACCCGCCUCCUCAACGUCGAUCGCCGGCCCCGUGCCUGUUGGCGUCGGCGUCGGUGUCGUCCUGCCCUCGGCCAACGGACAUGUGCCAAAGAUAAUCAACGCUCUGAUACCGCCCAAGCUAAUACGCAAACCGAGCAUCGAGCGUGAGACCCAAACGCAUUAUCUACGCUGCAGUCCAGCGCUCGAUUCCGGAGCCGGCAGCUCACGGUCCGACAGUCCGCAUUCGCAUACGCAUCAGCAGUUGAGCGGACGCGGCAGCACCGGCCAAUAUUCGCCCUCUCCCAGCAGCUUCAGCGAUGCAGCGCCGCCAGCGCCACCGCCACGCAAUCCCACCGGCGUCGGUGGCAGCAACAGCAGCUCGGCAACGCCGCCACCGCCAGCCCCAAACAGCAGCAAUCAGAUGUUCAAACGUCGCUCGCCAGCACUGAAUCGACCCGCAGCCAUUGCACCGCCGAGCAAUUGUGCCGCCACACGUGGCACGUCGCCGGUGAUACCGCAAAACGGUGGCAAGACGACGCAACAGCAGCUCAGCCAACAGAUGAAGGCCCUCAGCCUGUACCAGCAGCAACAGCAGCAGCAGAGCGCCAACAGUGGAGCUGUCGGCGCCGAGCCACCGCCGCCGUACAUGAUCAACACGGUGGUGGUGAAUGCCGCACCACCGCCGCCCAGUUACACCGCCUCGAUGCAGUCCCGACAAUCGCCCACGCAAUCCCAGCAAUCGGACUAUCGCAAAUCCCCCAGCAGCGGCAUCUAUUCGGCCACCUCGGCGGGAUCGCCGAGUCCCAUCACCGUCAGCAACGCCAGCGGCAUUCUGCCAGCCAGCGCGGGCGUGGCACGCCCCCAGCCACGGGUGUAUCAGGCACGCACCCAGCAACCGAUCAUCAUGCAGAGCGUCAAGUCGACGCAAGUCCAGAAACCGGUGUUGCAAACCGCAGUGGCGCCUCAAUCGCCGGUCAGCGCCUCGGCGAGCAAUUCACCGGUUCAUGUGCUCGCCGCACCGCCUUCGUAUCCCCAGAAAUCGGCUGCCGUGGUGCAGCAGCAACAGCAGGCCGCAGCUGCCGCUCAACAGCUGGUUGCACCGCAACCGAUUGUGGUUCAGGGCGCCGUGAAGCCGCCAGCGCCAACAACACCGCCACUGAUAGCUGCCGCCUUGAAUGGUGCUGUUGUGGUGGGUGGUAAGGGGGGGAGCAUGGAACCGCCUUCGUAUGCCAAGAGCAUGCAGGCCAAGGCAGCCACGACGCCGCACCAGCAGCAGCAGCAGCAACAACAGCAACAGCAGCAGCAACAACAACAGCAGCAACAGUUGCAGGCGUUGCGAGUGCUCCAGGCGCAGCAACAACAGCAGCAGCAGCUGCAGCAACAACAACUCCAACAGCAACAGCAAAAGCAAUCGAUGUCGGUCAGCAGCAACGGUAAUGUGGCAGUGAAUCGACAGCUGCCGCCUCCGCCGCCGUAUCAAAGUGCACGCGUCACGACGCCCGAGUUGGCCAACAGCAGCAGCAACAACAACCUGCCAGCUGAGCUCAAAUCCGCCUCCAACAACAAUAAUAACAAUAACAACAACAGCAACAACAAUAACAUACAGAUAAGCAACAGCAACUUGGCCACAACGCCACCAAUACCGCCAGCCAAAUACAGCGGUGGCAGUGGCAACGGCAACAGUUCGAGUGGCAGCAAUGGAUCGACGAAUGCGUCCCAAGCUGCCGCCUGCAAGAAGAUCAAACAUGCAUCGCCGAUACCCGAAAGGAAGCAAAUCUCCAAGGAGAAGGAAGAGGAGCGCAAAGAGUUUCGCAUUCGGCAAUAUUCGCCGCAAGCGUUCAAGUUCUUCAUGGAGCAGCACAUUGAGAAUGUCAUCAAAUCGUAUCGUCAGCGGACGUUCCGCAAAAAUCAGCUGGAGAAGGAAAUGCUGAAAGUGGGACUCUCGGAUGAGACACAAAUCGAGAUGCGUAAGAUGCUGAAUCAAAAGGAAUCCAACUACAUACGCCUGAAGCGAGCCAAGAUGGACAAGAGCAUGUUUGUCAAGAUCAAACCAAUUGGUGUGGGCGCCUUUGGGGAGGUGACGCUUGUGCGCAAAAUCGACACAUCGAAUCAUUUGUAUGCAAUGAAGACGCUGCGCAAAGCGGACGUACUCAAGCGCAAUCAGGUGGCGCAUGUGAAAGCCGAACGUGAUAUUCUGGCCGAGGCCGACAACAAUUGGGUUGUCAAGCUCUACUAUAGUUUUCAGGAUAAGGAUAAUUUAUAUUUCGUAAUGGAUUACAUACCCGGUGGCGAUCUGAUGUCGCUGCUCAUCAAGCUGGGCAUCUUUGAGGAACCGCUGGCACGUUUCUACAUCGCUGAGGUCACCUGCGCCGUCGACAGCGUGCAUAAAAUGGGCUUUAUCCACAGGGACAUCAAGCCUGACAACAUACUCAUCGAUCGGGAUGGACACAUAAAGCUCACCGAUUUCGGUCUUUGCACUGGCUUUAGAUGGACGCACAACUCCAAAUACUACCAGGAGAACGGCAAUCAUUCGCGACAGGACUCAAUGGAGCCUUGGGAGGAAUACUCGGAGAAUGGUCCCAGGCCCACAGUGCUGGAGCGGCGACGCAUGCGCGAUCACCAAAGAGUUCUGGCGCACUCGCUGGUCGGCACACCCAACUAUAUAGCACCCGAGGUGCUAGAACGCAGCGGUUACACGCAAUUGUGCGAUUACUGGAGCGUGGGCGUCAUUCUCUAUGAGAUGCUGGUGGGUCAGCCACCUUUUCUGGCCAACAGUCCAAUGGAGACGCAACAAAAGGUCAUAAAUUGGGAAAAGACGCUUCACAUACCACCGCAGGCGCAACUCACACGGGAGGCAACGGAUUUAAUACGACGGCUUUGCGCCUCGUCGGAUAAACGACUGGGCAAGAGUGUGGACGAGGUGAAGGGCCACGAGUUCUUCAAGGGCAUUGAUUUUGCGGAUAUGCGCAAGCAGAAGGCACCGUAUAUACCGGAGAUUAAACAUCCCACGGAUACGUCCAACUUUGAUCCCGUUGAUCCAGAUAAGCUGCGCUCGAAUGAUUCCAAUUUGAGCAGUGGCGAUGAUAUCGAUCUGAAUGAUAGGCAAUUCCAUGGAUUUUUCGAAUUUACCUUUAGACGAUUUUUCGAUGAUCGGCAGCAGCCGGACAUGACGGAUGAUCAGGCGCCGGUCUAUGUCUGAUCUCGCUCCUAUACUACAUACACACAUAUACAUACAUACAAACAAUCAUUGUUAGUCAAAUAGUCACAAAACGAAACAUUGGGAACAGAAAACAGCAUGUUAACAGAGACUGCAAGCAGUGCAAGCGUUAACAGCGGCGCUGUUAAGUCACACACAUGUUAACAUUGCAACAGCAGCGCUGUUAAGUCAGACAUUUAACAGUCACUAGAUUAACAGCGCGCAUUAGCAGCUGCGCUGUUAAGUCAGCCUGUCUGCACAUGUUAACAGCAGCGCUGUUAAAAGUCUUCAGUUUUUUAUAUGAAAUAUUUUUCAUUUAGCGUUUUUAGUGGAAUUUGUUGCCAAAAAAGGAAAAGUUGAGGCACUUAUGAGCAAGAUGAUGUUUACAAUUUGGCAUAUCUAUAUUUUUAAUGUAGUCGUUAUUGCAACUGGCACACACACAUCAAUAUUUAUAUACAAAAAAAAACGUAGAAAAAGAACAAAAAAAAAAAAUUAUAUACAAAUGGUUAGAAAGGGACUACACAUAUACAUAUA